AUGUCACAUCAUUGCAAGAUCAAUAAUUAUAAACUACGCAAUACAUUAUGUUUACCGAUUCAACAUCAUUUGGAUAAGAAUUUGGAAAGUAGCGAUGAAUAUGAAUGCGCAAUCCAACAGCAACAAGGAUCGAUCGCUGACAAUCGAACUUUCAUUAUCAGUGACCCGCAACACUGUUCGGUCUCUGCGACACUUUCACUGGGCAGACCAAAAAAAUUAUUCAUCAGCAAGGGGAAAAUAACGGAGAAAAGUGUAGCAGAAGCGACAUUCCAAGCAUCAGCAACAACGAUUACAUCAAAUGAACAGAAUUUAAAUAAUCCUAAAGAAAUCUCAAUAUUUCCUCCGACUAAAAUAGAUCAAAAAUCACCAGUAGCUAAUUUUGAAACAAAAGCAAUUUCUCCAUCAGGAAAUCAUCAUUUUCGGGAUUCUAUCAAAACUAACAAUAACAAUAUUCUUUCACAACAACGCUCCAAAAUUAUUCCAUUUUAUCCGACAUCAAAUGAAAAUGUUGCAACAGAUUCUGUAGCAAAAUAUCCAGAUACUAAUGAUACAUCUGAGAUUAUCAUUGAUGUUCCACAUCCUGAUUCACCACAUUCAACGCUAAAUUCACAUGGUUCUGGUGGCUAUCGUGGUGAUUGUUCCUCAGUUAACAGUUUACAUUCAAUGACAGAAUAUAAAGAUGGAAUAAAUCGAAGACAAAAUAACAUUAAUGAAUUUCGUGAAUCUCUUAGUAGUCGGCUUAGUCGUGGAUUUCUUGAAUUUACUCAGGGUAGCAGUGAUAGAUUACAAAAAUGGAAAAAUAAAUUGCAAAAUGGUCGGCGACACAAAGAUUCAAGCGAACCACCACCUAUCAACAGGAAAAUGCUGAUAGCAGGUCAAGAACAAAAUGGUCAUUUAUCAGACGUUGAUGUGGUACUUGACUGGGCAAUACCCAAAUGUGAUUCCUCUGACCAGAUACACAAGCCUAAAUUUUUAUCAAUGGGAUCAGCUUUUACUUUGAAAGUAAAUCAACCAAACAUGUUACCGCCAUUACGAUCAGCUAGUGAUUUUUUCCCGAUAAGCGAGAACACCACCAAAGAAUAUGUUAUGUUUGAUGAUUGGAAAAACGGUAGGUAA